GGUCCUCCCAGUCCUCAGGGAGAGCCAUCGAGAAACAGGAGACUCAUCCUGAGAGCAGACAGGUGCACCAAGGCCAGAAAGGACAAGAACCCUCCUCCUCCUUGUGACCCUGCCCAGCACAGCUCUUCGGCCCAGGAAUCCCGAGCCCUCCAGCAGCCCAUGAGGCUCCCAGACCCCACUGAGUGCCGCCCUGAAGGAUGUCCCAGCUCUCCUCCACCCUGAAGCGCUACACAGAAUCGGCCCGCUACACAGAUGUCCCUUAUGCCAAAUCGGGCUAUGGCACCUAUACCCCCUCCUCCUAUGGGGCCAACCUGGCCGCCUCCUUUCUGGAGAAGGAGAAGCUUGGUUUCAAGCCAAGCCCCGCUACGGGCUUCCUCCCCCGUCCCCGCACUUAUGGCCCCUCCUCCAUCCUGGACUAUGACCGGGGACGCCCCCUGCUGAGACCUGACAUCAUCAGGGGUAGUAAGCGAGCAGAGAGUCAGACCCGGGGCACUGAGCGGUCUUCAGGCAGUGGACUUAAUGGGGGCAGUGGAUUCCCUUACGGAGUGACCAGCAACUCCCUCAGCUACCUGCCUGUGAAUGCUCGUGACCAGGGGGUAACCUUGACCCAGAAGAAAUCGAAUAGCCAAUCAGACCUGGCUCGGGAUUUCUCCAGCCUCCGGACUUCAGAUAGCUACCGGACCUCAGAUGGCUACCGGAUAGACCCCGGGAACCUAGGCCACAGCCCUAUGCUGGCCCGCACACGCAAGGAGCUCUGUGCCCUGCAGGGGCUCUACCAGGCAGCCAGCCGCUCGGAGUACCUGACCGACUACCUAGAGAACUAUGGUCGCAAGGGCAGUGCACCUCAGGUGCUCACGCAAGCCCCUUCCUCACGAGUCCCUGAAGUUCUCAGUCCCACCUUCCGACCCAGUGGCCGCUACACGCUGUGGGAGAAGAGCAAGGGCCAGGCCCCUGGGCCCAGCCGCUCCAGCUCACCAGUACGAGAGGCCUUGAAUUCUAAGAGUGCCCAGGGUCUGGCUGGUCUUCGAAACCUUGGGAACACGUGCUUCAUGAACUCGAUUCUGCAGUGCCUGAGCAACACCCGGGAGCUGAGAGAUUACUGCCUCCAGAGGCUCUAUAUGCGGGACCUCAGCCACACCAGCAAUGCACACACAACCCUCAUGGAAGAGUUUGCAAAACUAAUCCAGACCAUAUGGACUUCAUCCCCCAAUGAUGUGGUGAGCCCUUCUGAGUUCAAGACCCAGAUCCAGAGAUAUGCACCACGCUUCGUUGGUUAUAAUCAGCAGGAUGCUCAGGAGUUCCUCCGCUUUCUUCUGGAUGGGCUCCACAAUGAGGUGAACCGAGUCACAGUGAGGCCUAAGUCCAACCCUGAGAACCUUGAUCAUCUCCCUGAUGAUGAAAAAGGGCGACAGAUGUGGAGGAAAUAUCUAGAACGAGAAGACAGUCGGAUUGGGGAUCUCUUUGUUGGGCAGCUAAAGAGCUCCCUGACAUGUACCGACUGUGGUUACUGCUCUACAGUCUUUGAUCCCUUCUGGGACCUCUCACUGCCCAUUGCUAAGCGAGGUUAUCCUGAGGUAACACUAAUGGACUGCAUGAGGCUCUUCACCAAAGAGGAUGUGCUUGAUGGUGAUGAAAAGCCAACAUGCUGUCGCUGCCGAGCCAGAAAAAGAUGUAUAAAGAAGUUCUCCAUCCAGAGGUUCCCAAAGAUCUUGGUGCUCCACCUGAAGCGGUUCUCAGAAUCCAGGAUACGAACCAGCAAGCUCACAACAUUUGUGAAUUUCCCACUAAAAGACCUGGACUUGAGAGAAUUUGCCUCAGAAAACACCAACCACGCUGUUUACAACCUGUAUGCUGUGUCCAAUCACUCCGGAACCACCAUGGGCGGCCAUUAUACAGCCUACUGCCGAAGUCCAGUGACAGGCGAAUGGCACACUUUCAAUGACUCCAGUGUCACGCCCAUGUCCUCCAGCCAAGUCCGCACCAGCGACGCCUAUUUGCUCUUCUACGAGUUGGCCAGUCCACCCUCCCGUAUGUAGCAGCAAGGAGCUACAGCCCUUCCCCCUUCCCUGUGGUGGCCCCACACCCUAAGUUUUUUAAAAAGACAAAAAAAACUAAAAAAACAACAACAACAAAAAAAAAACCUGACAAAUAAGAGAAAAAUAAACUAAAAUAAAGCUGCUGAGCAGGAGUUGAUGCAGCCUGGUCAGGGUCUGGAGCAAGGAGCUGGGUGCCCCCAAGCCAUGGCCUGGCGGGAAGAUCCACUGGACACAGAGACCGGAGUCAGCACAGUGCUCCCUCGGCUUCUCUUGUGUGCAUUUUUAAGCUUGUGGUUUUUUCCUGUGUGUAAUAAACAACAGCAGUCUGUGGGGAGAAGAUCUUCGUCCACCUGCUGUCCUCUCCAGCCCCUGCGCCUCCUGGGAAGACAGCGCCCUCUGGAGCCUUCUGGGAGCCUCAUUGCCUGAAUCAUGGCACCGUUGAGGAGCUGGCGCCUGUCUCUACCUGGACCUGCUCACCGGUCCAGAGCAGGAAGCACCCAUGAGCCAAGAGCCCUCUUAACGCUGCUAACUCCAAGGGCACAGGCAAGGGGACAUCUUUGAGGAAAGCUGGUUUGGGUUUUUUUUUAAUGCCCAGCUUUUUUUACUUACAGUAAUGAAAGUGUUCGGACUGGAGACCCUCUCCUCCACACCUCGUCACAGCUGGCAUGUUGGGCUGGUCCUUUUUGUGUAAUUCUUCAAGUAGAACUUUCCCAGUGCUAGCCCCCUGUGGUGCUAGGCGGGGUUGGCCAGGCCCAAGCACACCACAGUAGACCUGGGAUCUAAACAAGUUUUUGUUUUGGGUUUUUCAUUUUGUUUUCGAUGGAAUCUAGUUGCCUCCAAGAAUUGUGCCUUAUAGCAUUUGGGGACCAGGGGGUAACUGCCCCUCCCUGAAAUAUCCCUCAGUCCCUUCCCUUUUCCCCAGUGCCAUGUUCAAACCCACUGGGGGAAAUAGGGUCCCGCCCUGAGCCCCUGGUACGUUGUGCAUUGCAGUGAGGCUAAGAGGGAAGUAGGUAAAACGAUUUCUUAAGAUAGUGUAUCAGUCCUUCCUGCCCGCCACCUCUUACCUACCCUGGUCUACUCCCUAGCUGUUUGAAGGAUAGCACAAGCCCCCUGUCCCUCGAGCUUCUCUCCUUUAAUUUAUUCUCUUUUAACAUCCCUUUCCCCUUGCCUUCCUGCCACCUGCCCCUUCUCAGAGCCUCCUAGACACAGGCCCUCUGGACCGAGUUUCUCAGGGAUGCCCAUGCCACCCCUCAGCUCCUCUUGGUGUUGGCCUUUGGUCCUUCCUUAGGAGCUGGAGCCUGGGUGUCUGGGGACAUCUUGCCUCUGUUGUAUGAUUCCUGGGUUUUGCCCUAAGUUGUUAGACAAAACUCCAUGCCAUCCCAGAGAGCAAAGUUGUUCAGCACUGAGGCAUGGAGCACUGUGCACUUUGCACACCCCACAGCUGGGCCCAGCCUGUGCCCCAGGGAGCCUGGACCAUCCCAGUGCUCCUGGGACCAGGCACCAGAGAAAGACACCCUGAGUUUUACCUGGCCUGACACCCUUUUCUAGGGAAGACCUGUGAAUCUGAGCCCAAGGGCUGGUGUACACUUGUUUACUGUGUAAGCAAGAGUAGAAGAAUGUCUAAUGUACAGUGGAACCUUGUACAGAAUAAAUAAUAGCUUUGAGAAAGAA